AUGUCUUUCAUAAAUAUUGAUAAUAAAAAGCCUGUUCUUCAAAAAACAAGUAAAGUUAUUGCGGUCAUCGAUUCUUAUUAUCAAUAUUGGAAGGAAGUCUUCAUUGCGAAGUCAUAUCCUGUCGUACUUGAUUUUGCGCAAAACACUUUGUUGGGAUUAAUGACGAAAAUCGACAGUGGUCAUCUUCGCGUGUUAACCAAAAACCGUAUUUAUGAAUUUGGUCCAAAAGAUGCAAAAGAUCGGGCAGAAAUCAAGAUCGUUAACGAUUCUUUUUGGAUCCGCUUGCUUUUGUUUAGCGAUUUGGGUUUUGCCGAAGCAUAUAUGCUAGGAGAUGUAACCUGCGACAAUUUAUUAAAUUUGAUUAAGAUUUUUGUAGCCAAUCGAUCCCAUAUUGAUGAGCUAACCACCGGACCAACAUACAUCUUCAAUGCAAUAAAUUAUUUUAUGAAUACUCAAUUUGUAAAUUCUGUUUCCAAUGCCAUCAACAAUAUAUCCGCACAUUAUGACAUUUCUAAUGAGAUGUUUGCCAGUUUUCUAAGUCGUGACAUGACAUAUUCGAGUGCUUUCUUUAUGAAUGAAGACGAAACUUUGGAGCAGGCACAAUACAAUAAAUUGAGAAAAAUAAUUAAAAAAGCAAAGAUUACGGAGGAUGAUCAUGUUCUAGAAAUCGGAAGUGGCUGGGGAUCUUUUGCUAUUGAGGCUGUGAGGAUGACUGGAUGUCGAGUCACGACACUGACACUUUCGAUUGAACAAAAGAGGCUUGCUCAAAAACGAAUAGAAGCUGCCGGAUUUUCGGAUAGAAUCAAAAUUUUACUAUGCGAUUAUCGAAACCUGCCAGCUAAGCAUCAAUUCGAUAAAAUUGUGAGCAUCGAAAUGAUUGAGGCGGUUGGACCACAAUAUCUUGCCACAUAUUUUGAAUGCUGUGAUAAAUUCCUUAAAGAAAGAGGUGGAAUCGGUGUGUUUCAGGUGAUUACUAUGCCAGAAACCAGGUACGAUCGGUAUUGUCGCGAAGUUGAUUUUAUACGGAAAUAUAUCUUUCCAGGUGGCCAUUGUCCGACUGUCACAUCACUGGUCGCUGCAAUUCGUGAAGGCUCACGUGGAAGACUAAUCGUCGAUAACAUCGAAAACAUUGGACCACAUUACGCACGCACGCUACGAUUAUGGCGUGAACAAUUUAUAAACGUGUUUGACGAGGAUAUCCGACCGGCUUUGCACAAGGGCUGGCCCGACAUGUCGAUGAAGGAUAUUGAAAUCUUUAAGAGGAAAUGGGAAUUUUAUUUCUCUUAUUGUGAAGGCGGAUUUAAGAAUCGCAUCUUGGGAAAUGUUCAAGUAGUGGUUACUCGGGAAGGAAAUGAGACAUUUUUGGAUGGGAUUCCGAUGUGA